UAAAGACAAGCGACAAGCGGAAACUAAAUUUAUCUGUCUCUUUCUCUUUCUCAUUGCGCCGAUUUUGUUUGCCGAGUUCUUAAAUUCGAAAACACGAGUCCCUAGCCACAGCAAAGAUGGGUAGGGAGGACAAGGCGUCUUGGAAGUCAAACUACUUCACCAAACUUAUCCAAUUGUUGGAAGAUUUCCCAAAGUGUUUCAUUGUUGGCGCUGACAAUGUCGGCUCGAAGCAAAUGCAACAGAUCCGUAUCUCACUCCGCGGUAACGCCGUGGUGCUCAUGGGUAAGAACACCAUGAUGAGGAAGGCCAUCAAGGGUCACGUAGAACGUAACCCAUCCCUCGAGAAAAUUCUGCCCCACAUCAAGGGCAAUGUCGGUUUCGUGUUCACCCGUGGGGACCUCGUAGAGAUCCGUGACAAGCUCCUCGAGAACAAAGUACGGGCCCCUGCUCGUGCCGGAGCCAUCGCUCCGUUGCCUGUUGUCAUUCCCGCGCAAAACACUGGUCUGGGUCCCGAGAAGACAUCUUUUUUCCAGGCUUUGAGUAUUCCAACCAAGAUUUCAAAGGGUACCAUUGAAAUCAUCAACGACGUCCACAUCCUGAAGCCGGGAGACAAAGUGGGAGCCUCAGAAGCCACCCUUCUGAACAUGUUGAACAUCUCUCCCUUCUCGUACGGCUUACAGGUGGAACAGGUGUACGAUUCCGGCACCAUCUUCGCCCCCGCCAUUCUCGACAUCAAACCCGAGGACCUAAGGGAGAAAUUCUUGGCCGGAGUCGCCAAUUUGGCCUCCGUUUGUUUGGGUAUCGGGUACCCGACCAUCGCCUCGGCGCCACACAGCAUCGCUAAUGGGUUCAAGAAUUUGUUGGCCAUCGCCGCAGUCACCGACGUCGAUUUCAAGGAAGCCGCCACCAUCAAGGAGUUUAUCAAGGAUCCCUCCAAAUUCACCGCCGCAGCUGCUCCAGUCGCUGCCGCUGCCCCCGCAGUGGCCGCCGCUCCCGAGCCGGCUAAGAAAGAAGAGAAGGAGGAGUCUGAGAGCGAUGACGAUAUGGGUCUCGGUCUCUUCGACUAGGCUUUGGAUUUGUGUGACUGAUAUGUCUGUUGUUUUGUUGAGUCAGACUGUCUAAUAAAUGAUGAAACU